AUGGAUAUUCAACAAAUCGAAAAUCAAUGUGCUGAUCUCUCCUUGGCCGAAGAAGAAACUGGCGGUCUGGAGGCACCUGAUCUGCAGCCGAUCCCGGAUGCUACGAUUCAUCACAAUCUGGUUGGAAGGCUUCUCACGAAUCGACAGGUACGAUUUGAGCAUUUGCAGCAGGUCCUGGCGUCUGUGUGGCGUCCAGUCAUGGGGAUGUAUGCAGUGUCGCUGUCCGAUGACCUAUUCCUGUUUCAAUUUCCCCACCCGAAGGAUCUCCAGCGGGUUCUCGACGAUGGGCCUUGGUCCUUCGAGAAUAGCCUCCUGAUCUGCGAUCAAGUUCCGGUGGGCGUCAGGCCAGAGGAUGUCGAAUUGGCGUCUAUCCCGUUUUGGGUCCAGAUUCAUGGUCUACCGACCAUGUUUGCCUCCCAAGAUUUCAUAGCCAAGAUAAGGGAUUACAUUGGAGAUUUCAUCACGGCAGACCCAUUUAAUUUUGGUGGGGCAUGGAAGAGCUAUUACCGGAUCAGGGUGAAGAUGACCAUCUCGGCCCCUCUCAAGCGGCGGAUGAAACUCAUUAGGCGAGAUGGAUCCGUGCAAUGGAUCACGUUCAAAUACGAGCGCUUGAGUACCUUUUGCUACUGCUGUGGAAUACUGGGCCAUUUAGACAAGUUUUGUAAAACGGUGUACCAAGAAGGAAUUCUCCCGGAGGCGUUCCCGUUUGGAGCUUGGCUUCGAGCCGGUCCAAGACGACAGGUAAAAACGGUCGGUGCAAAGUGGCUGCUACCGGCUACGGCUAUGUCAGCGGCUGUGGCUACUCUUCCCUCGGCGGGCCCACCACCGGCGGUUCUGGUGGAUACGGAGGAGGCAAGGGGGUUGCAAGGAGACCUGAAGCGCAGAAGGGGUGAAGAAGAAGACACUACAUUUGGUAGUGAUGUGCAGAUGACCGACACACCACGAAAUCAUGAGAAGGCGGGCUUGGCGGACCAGGCUCGCCAGGAUAAAUGA